UAUUUUGUGCUUUUCCGGGUUACAAUCACAGUAUAGGAAGAGCAGACAGUCUCGGUUGCCCGAAUUGACAGAACUGGACGUUAAGUGUAUUGACCAUACAUCAACAGAUUUCAGUUAUUGGUUUGAUUAAGGAAUCAGGAGAUUCUUUGAAUCGUUCUUCUGUCGGUCCUUGACCAUGGCAUGUCAUGGCAGCGAUCGGGUUGAUAAUGAUUGUUAUCUGGAUGACGAGGAGACUUCUGUUGUAAAGCUCGCGAGGGCUGGCCAACUCGAAGAGCUUCAACAGCUUCUGAAUGAUAUGGACCCGGGGGACAUAUUCGACUCAGUGUCGGAGCACGACGCCAAGGACAACAGCGCGCUCCACUACGCGGCCCGCAUCGACAACCUAGACAUGGUGAAGCUCCUGGUUCAACAUGGGGCAGACGUCGACGCUGUCGGUGAAGCUGGUCGUUGUCCUCUUCAUUUAGCGGCUGGUACAAAGAACGACCUAUCAAAAGUUGUAGCAGCCAAAAGGAUGUCGACACUUCCCGAUGAAGGCGUCGUGAAAUUCUUGUUGUCGAGUGAUGCCUAUGAGAAUGCCACAGACAUCAGAGGGCGAAAUCCACUGCACAUCGCCACGUUAAAUGGCAACACUGAAGCUGUGUUUCAACUUCUUUCUAAGAGUGAUACCGAACUAAAUGUAAAUAAUUAGCUAAGACUAUGGAUAAUGCUCUCCUUCUAUGUUAUGUCUGCAAAAUAAUUGGAGUAUUGAGAAAUAAAUUCAAUGGAUACCAAAAUAACAAUAAUUUUCAGUAGCGUGGCUUAAAGGGGCACGGGGCAUCUGCCUCCAAAUCAAGAGGUUAAAAUAUAAAAAGAAAGAAGAAUCGAGAAAAAAGAGAAAGUAAAGAGGAAAAGGGUGAAAGAACGUGAAAAGAACGUGAAAAGAAGACGCCUGUGUACCACCUCUCACACCGCUCACAUAAUCAGUAACCUUGUAAAUUCACAUUUCAUUUCCGUUUAAAACAAGAAAAACAAAACAAUGCCCCCUCUUCCCUCCCUCGGUAGACUCACGCUACGCAUAUUCUACGGCUGAAUUAAUGUUA